AUGUCAAAGGAUAAGAGCAUGGAGCCGAUGGUUCAGAACGGUGAAGGCGGAGCUGUGGAACUGAAGAAGGGGAAGAAGAGGAAGAGAGCUCAGCCAGCCAAGGACGGAUGGAGCGUUAAAAAGGGCGCUGGCCAACUGACCAAGUUUGAUGAUUCCGAGGAUGAUGUGCCCAAUGCUGUUCCAGAAGAGAAGAGCAAGGCAGAUGUAGUGAAGAAACAAGAGGCUAUCACAGAAUCGCCAGCUGGACAGGCAGAUGUGCCGCCCAAGCGCAGCAAAUCCGAAGUGCCCACCGAAACCACCGAAACCAAUCCAAAGCGCGAGCAGCAUUCUCGAGCGAGAAACAAGCAACCACAGCGGCUGCGAAACUCCCAAAAAACCCAGGACAUACCGCCUCACCUCCUCCAAAAGCGCGACGAGCUGCGCUCAGUCCGGAAAUCGCUGCCCAUUUGGCCACAAGCAGACUCCAUCCGCGCAGCACUCCAGAAAAACAACGUCCUCGUCCUGACGGGAGAAACGGGUUCUGGAAAAUCGACACAACUGCCACAGUUUCUGACCAACGAGUCCUGGUGUACCGGAUGCAUAGCAAUCACACAGCCGCGACGAGUGGCAGCAAUCUCCUUGGCUCGUCGUGUUGCGGAUGAGAUGGGCAGCUUGCUCGGCGACAAAGGGCCUGCAGCCAAGGUCGGCUACAGUGUUCGUUUCGACAAUGCUGUUGGCAAGCAUACCAAAGUCAAGUUUCUAACCGAGGGUAUGCUGCUUCAGGAGAUGCUUAGGGAUCCCAACAUGUCGCAGUACAGUGCGAUAGUGGUGGACGAGGUUCACGAAAGGAGUGUGAACGUGGACCUGAUUCUGGGGUUUCUAAGGAACCUGGUAGCUGAUAAGGAAUACAACAAGGCGAGGAAGCAUCCGCUCAAAGUCGUAGUCAUGAGUGCUACAGCAGAUGUGGAGAGCCUGGUCAAGUUCUUUGGGGACGGCCAAUCGUCAAAUUCCGAAAAGACUGUUGACAAGGCAAAGUCACCAGACACGACGAGCAAGGUUUCGACGUGCUACGUAGAGGGGCGCCAGUAUCCGGUCAAAACAAUAUACCUACCACAGCCGACUCAGGACUGGAUCGAAUCGGCUCUGAAACUGGUCUUCCAGAUACACUACAAGGAGCCGCUGCCGGGGGAUAUACUGGUGUUUUUAACGGGCCAGGAUACGAUUGAGGCGCUGGAAAAACUUAUUAAUGACUACGCCGAAGGCAUGGACGAGCAGGUUCCCAAGCUUCUUGCACUUCCACUCUUUGCUGCGCUGCCCCAACACGCCCAGCAGCGCAUCUUCCAGCCAGCGCCGCACCGAACACGCCGUGUCAUCCUCGCAACCAACAUUGCAGAAACGUCCGUCACAGUCCCUGGAAUCCGCUUCGUCAUCGACUGCGGCAAGUCAAAAAUCAAGCAGUUCCGCAACAAACUCGGUCUGGAGUCGUUGCUCGUAAAGCCCAUUUCCAAAUCUGCAGCUAUCCAACGCAAGGGUCGAGCGGGCCGUGAAGCACCCGGCCAGUGCUACCGCUUAUACACUGAAGAUGCGUACAAGACCAUGGAAGACCGCACUAUCCCCGAGAUCCUGCGCUGCGACCUCAGCCAAGCCAUUCUAACCAUGAAAGCGCGUGGCGUCGACGACGUCCUCAGCUUCCCCUUCCUCGACCGCCCCCCGCGCGAAGCACUCGAGAAAGCGCUCCUCCAGCUCCUGCAUCUCCAGGCGCUCAGCGAAACGGGUGAAAUCAGCGCCACGGGCCUCAAAAUCGCAAAGUUCCCCUUAACACCGCCACUCGGCCGCGUGCUCGUCGAAGCCGCCGCGCCCUCACGCGACUGCGUCCACGACGCCAUCGACAUUAUUUCCGCGCUGAGCGUCGAAAACGUUUUUCUCAAUCUCGUGACUGAGGAGCGCAAGGAAGAGGCCGAGGAGGUCCGGCGCGAGCUGUACCGCCGCGAGGGCGACCACUUGACGCUUCUGGUGACGGUGCAACGAUACGCUGCCGAGGACAAGGCGCAGCGCAAGGCCUGGUGCGAAAAACACUACGUGUCGUACCGAGCCAUGGACAGCGUAAUGAAGAUCAGAACACAGCUGCGCGAGCAGUGCAAGCAGCAGAAACUGCUGUCCAGCGAAGAUACUCAAUCGGACUCUGCGCCCUCGGAGGCAAAAAGCAACGCCAUCCUCGCGUGUAUCCUGCGCGGCUUCAUUGCAAACACGGCGCGACUGAUGCCCGAUGGCAGCUACAAGACGUUGCUGGGCAACCAGACGGUAGCGAUCCACCCGAGCUCCGUGCUGUUCGGCAAGAAGGUCGAGGCGAUUGUGUUCAAUGAGUUUGUGUUUACGGGCAAGGCGUGGGCGAGGGGCGUGAGCGCUGUGCAGUUGGAUUGGGUUUCGGAGGUCAUUGAUGGCAUCAUGUAG